AUGGAAACCACCGAGUCAGGGACGCCGAUGGUUGUGGAAUCUUCCGCAUCCACCAAUCCUACUUCUGCGGGCGACUCGGACGACGAGCUUUGUUGUUGCAACCACACUGGGUGUCGUACGUUUUGUCACAACCAUUGGUGUGGCAGGCUUUUGACUCUGGAGGGGUCCACGACCUCGCCUGUUGACGUUAGAGCUCUUGAGGCCGUGCUCAACGAGUUUUUGCCCGAGAGACAUUUUCUCUACCUGGUGUCACAGCGACAGCGCGACAGCGUUCAUCUUCACACCGUUUUGCUUUGCGUCGAGCCGGGCGAGUUGGCUCUGAAUGGCGCAGAAAGAUCUCAGCUGCAGGCGCGACUGAGCGCCGUAUGUGCGGAAGCAACCUCUGCCGUUGAUACGGCUCAUGAUAUUUUUUCGAAUUCCUUGUGGAGCUGUUGUGGUACAAAGGCCACGGAGACCUUGGAUCUGUGGGCCGAGAGACUUGCGGACAGUCGUGUAGCCGGACGGCGCGAUCUUUUUCUUCAACUUGUUCAUGAGCUGUGUGCUUCAGGCUUCUCUAUGAGCGAGAAGAUACUCUGCACGGAGCGAGCCUUACGGGAGCCGGUGCCCUUGAAAGUGUCUCGCAUUCCUUGGCGCCGUUCAGGCAGAUUGGUCCGAAGGAUCCGUGGAAAACGACGUUGGAUAGAGGCUCUGCCGUAG